UCCGCGGAAGACAUCGACGCGACGCGACGCGAGCAGAAUGAGUUCCGCGGGGCUGGAGAAGCUGCGGAUGACCGGCGCGGGGCGAGCGAUCGCCGCACUGACCAGCGGAGGAGACGCGCAAGGGAUGAACGCAGCGAUUCGUGCCGUGACCCGGAUGGGCAUCUAUGUGGGCGCCAAGGUGUAUCUGGUGUAUGAGGGGUAUCAAGGACUGGUGGACGGAGGAGACAAUAUUAAACUGGCCAACUGGCAAAGCGUCACCAAUAUCAUUCAGCUGGGAGGGACGGUGAUCGGCAGCGCCCGCUGUAAGGCCUUCACCACGCGCGAGGGACGCUUAGCGGCGGCCUUUAACCUGGUGAAGCGUGGCAUCUGUAACCUGUGUGUGUGUGGCGGAGACGGCAGCCUGACCGGAGCACACGUCUUCCGCUCGGAGUGGAGCGGACUCCUGCAGGAGCUGGUGGAGAAAGGUCGGAUCACGGCAGAAACGGCCCGUCAGCACGGGCACCUGAACAUCGUGGGUCUGGUCGGGUCCAUCGAUAAUGACUUCUGCGGGACCGACAUGACCAUCGGCGCUGACUCGGCCCUCAACCGCAUCACUGAGAUCAUCGACGCCAUCACCACCACCGCCACCAGCCAUCAGCGCACGUUUGUGCUGGAGGUCAUGGGUCGCCACUGCGGGUAUCUAGCGCUGGUGUCGGCUCUGGCGUCAGGAGCCGAUUGGCUGUUCAUCCCUGAAGCUCCUCCUGAGGACGGCUGGGAAGAGCUCAUGUGCGCUCGACUGGGAGAGAGCCGCAGUAAAGGAUCCAGACUGAACAUUAUCAUCAUCGCUGAAGGAGCCAUCAGCAGAAGCGGCGAGGCCAUCACCUCCAACUACAUCAAAGACCUGGUUGUGUCUCGUCUGGGUUAUGACACUCGGGUCACUGUUCUGGGUCACGUCCAGAGGGGCGGCACACCCUCAGCCUUCGACAGAGUCCUGAGCAGUAAGAUGGGUGUCGAGGCCGUGGUGGCCCUGCUGGAGGCGGGACCGGACACCCCCGCCUGUGUGAUCGGCCUAUCAGGGAACCAGGCCGUGCGUCUCCCGCUCAUGGAGGCCGUAGAGAUGACUAAAGAGGUUCAGAGGGCCAUGAACGAGAAGCGGUUUGAAGAAGCCAUCCAGUUACGGGGCAGGAGUUUUGAGAACAACUGGAACAUCUAUAAGUUGCUGGCGUAUCACAAACCUGCUGUGGUCCAGAGCAACUACUCGAUGGCCAUCCUGAACGUGGGCGCUCCAGCCGCCGGCAUGAACGCUGCGGUGAGGUCAGCGGUGAGGGUCGGUCUGGCCUCGGGACACCGGGUUUACUUCGUCAGCGAUGGAUUUGAGGGUCUAGCCAAUGGAGCGGUAAAUGAAGUGUCGUGGAAUCAGGUGGCCGGCUGGACGGGUCAGGGCGGCUCUCUGCUGGGAACUAAACGGACCCUGCCCAGCACCUGCAUGGACACACUAGUGGAAAACCUCAACAAGUUCAACAUCCAGUCACUGUUUGUCGUCGGAGGUUUUGAGGCGUAUGAGGGCGUACUGGAGUUGGUUGAAGCGAGGGGCCGUUAUGAUGAAUUAUGUAUUCCCAUGUGCAUCAUCCCUGCCACCAUCAGCAACAACGUCCCAGGCACUGAGUUCAGUCUGGGCAGCGACACUGCGGUUAAUGCAGCGAUGGCCAGCUGUGAUAAGAUCAAGCAGUCGGCCACAGGGACCAAGCGGAGAGUGUUUGUGGUGGAGACUAUGGGUGGAUUCUGUGGUUAUCUGGCAACCACCACAGGCAUCGCUGUCGGAGCGGACGCCGCUUACAUCUUCGAAGAUCCUUUCAACAUCCAUGACCUCAAGACCAAUGUGGAGCAUUUGACGGAGAAAAUGAAGAAGGACAUUCAGAGAGGUCUGGUGCUGAGGAAUGAGAAAUGCCAUGAGCAAUACACCACUGAUUUCAUCCAUAAGCUCUACUCGGCAGAGGGCAAAGGCGUCUUCGACUGCAGGGUCAAUGUCCUGGGACACCUGCAGCAGGGUGGAGUGCCGACACCGUUUGACAGAAACUACGGCACUAAACUGGGCGUCCGAGCCGUGCAGUGGCUGACAGACAAGAUGGUCGACAAUUUUAAACUAGGUCGUGUGUUUGCUAACAACCCAGACACGGCCUGUGUGAUCGGCCUGUAUAAGAAGGUUUUGACCUUCAGUCCCGUCACUGAGCUGAAGGACCAGACCGACUUUGUACACCGGAUGCCCAAGACUCAGUGGUGGCUGAAUCUCCGGCUGAUGCUGAAGAUGUUGGCAAAGUACCAGACGUCCUUCAACGAGUACGUGACGGGAGAGAUCGAACACGUGACCCGCCGCUCUCUCAGCAUAGACACCGGGUUUUAAAGCAGUCCCAUCCUCCAACCAACUCCCGACUGCCACUCCUCCGUUAAAACAGGUGAACGCCUGAUGCUUUAGUGAGUAAAGGAGGGUACGACUCUAGAUUAGUGCCUAAACCUGAUCCUCUUCUCCAUUGGAGGCCUGUAUUUGCACCAUCUUUAUGCUGGACUGAUGCAGAGUGUCCAAAACUAGAUCACUCCCAGUGUAAUUAAUAUAUUAUUUACAUUAAUCCGGGUACUUUUUAAACUGCGUUUUCUUUUCUAAACACUCUCCGUCCGCACUGAAAUGUCUGAAAACUAGGGGUGUAACGCUCCCUCAUGUCACGAU